CUAACCGAUAAUCUCGAAGCCACCACCUCUCUCUGUAUCUCUUUUAAAGCCCCUAACCCCUGCCCCCCUUUACCCUCACUUCCGUCUCUCUCUUCUUUCCUCCUAGCCCCCCCCCCCCAAAAAAAAACCCUCUUUCCUUUCUCUCGUUCUUUUUCCCGUUCAAUCAUGUCUUGCUUCAUUAGCAAAUAUGCCGAUGAGUUGGCUAAAAACGCUGCUUACAUUGGAACCCCUGGAAAGGGUAUCCUUGCUGCUGAUGAAUCCACUGGCACCAUCGGCAAGCGUCUUUCAAGCAUUAAUGUAGAGAAUGUUGAAGAUAACAGGCGUGCUCUCCGUGAGCUCCUAUUCACAACUCCAGGAGCUCUUCAGUACCUCAGUGGUGUUAUUCUCUUUGAGGAAACCCUUUAUCAAAAAACCGCUUCGGGCAAGCCCUUCGUUGAUGUUUUGAAGGAAGGUGGUGUCCUCCCUGGCAUCAAGGUCGACAAGGGUACCGUUGAGCUUAACGGAACCAAUGGCGAAACUUUCACCCAGGGUCUAGAUGGCCUUGCACAGCGAUGCCAGAAGUACUAUGAAGCUGGUGCCCGCUUUGCUAAAUGGCGUGCUGUCCUUAAGAUUAGUGCUAAUGAGCCAACCGAGCUUGCAAUCCAAGAAAAUGCCAAUGGGCUAGCUAUGUAUGCUGCCAUCUGCCAGCAAUGUGGCCUUGUCCCCAUUGUUGAGCCUGAAAUUCUUGUUGACGGAUCACAUGACAUUAAAAAGUGUGCUGCGGUGACAGAGCGUGUUCUUGCUGCUUGCUACAAGGCUUUGAAUGAUCACCAUGUCAUGCUAGAAGGUACUCUUUUGAAGCCUAACAUGGUGACCCCUGGUUCCGACUCCCCGAAGGUUGCCCCAGAGGUUAUUGCUGAGUACACUGUCCGUGCCUUGCAGCGUACCGUCCCUGCUGCAGUCCCUGCUAUUGUGUUCUUGUCUGGUGGGCAAAGUGAGGAGGAGGCUACCCUUAACCUUAAUGCCAUGAACAAGCUCCAGACCAAGAAACCAUGGUCACUCUCAUUCUCAUUUGGACGUGCCCUUCAGCAGAGCACUCUCAAGGCCUGGGCUGGAAAGGAGGAAAACGUGAAGAAAGCACAAGAUGCUUUCCUUGUUAGGUGCAAGGCUAACUCGGAGGCCACCUUGGGUACAUACAAGGGUGAUGCAAAGAUUAGUGAGGGUGCUGCAGAGAGCCUUCAUGUUAAGGACUACAAAUACUAAGAAUUUAGUCUUGUGGUCUGUGUAUCAGAGAUAUUUUCUGUAUUGAUGAUAGGCGUUUAUUGCUGUUUUUGAGGGUUUCCGUUUCUUCUCAUGGAAUUUAGGUUGUGAAAUCAGACCGUUUCUUCUCAUGGAAUUUAGGUUGUGAAAUCAGACUCAAAUAAGCUUGGGCGGCCUUAGUUCUCGCUGAGUGUUCAUGGUUUUUUGUUUGCUUCAGUUUAAAACAAUAUUCUCUGCAUAUACAACUGAGUGUGCUUUGCACUUUUUAA